GAAUGUCAAGGUUGUGAUCUAAGUUAUCACAUUGACGGAGUGUGCCGGAGAAAAAUCAUGAAUUGUAGACUUAUUCUGAACGGGCGUUUAUUUCUCACUGGAAGUAUGAAGAUACGACCAAACCUUUUUGCUAAUAUGUGCAGUGAUGUGAAAGCAGCAUCAUCUCUAGAUUCUGAAUCGGUUCUAUCGAGACCUUUACCCUUAAUGACUUCAAGAGAGUUAUAUAGAGUCCCAAAACAUCAGCAAGCAAAACAGGCUUGGUUGGAAACUUUAUCAAUCAUUAAUGAUAAGAAGUUGGGAAUAGUUGACCUGCAUCCCGACAUAUUUGCCACCUUUCCUCGAAUCGAUGUCCUUUGGUGGAAUACCCAUUGGCAAUCUAGAUAUAAGAAAGUGAAUUAUGAAUUUGUACGUAAUCGUGCUGAAUUACCUGGAGGAGGCCGUAAACCUUGGCCUCAAAAAGGAACUGGUAGAGCCAGACAUGGCAGUAUUCGAUCUCCUUUGUGGAUUGGAGGCGGUAAAACAUUUGGACCUAGGGGUCCCAGAGGAUACUUUUUUAUGUUAGGCAAAAAAAUGAGAGUAUUGGGAUUACGAACAGCUUUAUCUUGUAAAUUCGCUCAAGAUAAUUUGCACAUAGUCAACGACCUCUGCCUGCCGACUGAUGAACCAGGUUAUUUGGAAGAGCUAAUAGAAAGUCGUGGCUGGGGAUUAUCUGUUCUUUUUGUAAAUGAGUAAGUUGUAACUUGUUUGCUUUAUAUUACUUAUAAAAUUUUACUUUCAGAAAAGACGUUUUGGAGGACCAAUAUUUCGCUGAUGCUAUUAGUGAAUAUAAACAAUAUAGCGUAAUGCCCGUUUACGGACUCAAUGUUCAUAGUAUAUUGAAACAUGAAACGCUUGUUCUUACUUUGGGUGCACUAGAUAAAAUUGAGUCUCAAAUAUUAUCGGAUAUGCAUAGUCCUGAAUAUUUGGAGAAAAGAUUCACCAAGGCCUCUAGUUGGUAGUUAAGAUGAACUCAAAUUCAUUUGUUUGUAUAGUAAUUGUUUACUUGCUAAGUUACAACGCUUAUAUAUAUAUAUAUAUAUAUAAACAUAUAUCCUUAUUUGGAAAAUGUUUUUGUUAAUUCUUUAAAUAGGAAAUUUACUAAUUUCAAUACAAUAAAAAAUUUUGAAGUCUUAUUCUUUUCAUGUUUUAAGACCUUGG